UCUCCCCCAGGUUGUGACUCUCCUCCCCUCUUUGCAGAGGUUUCAGGUUUGGGGUGGGGAUCACCCCGGAGCCCGGCCUCCUCUCUCAUUGGACGGCUGCAGGGAGAAGCUGUCAGCCCAUGUGGCGUGGCCGGCAGAGGAUGUCUGUCAUUUAAAUAGACGGUGCCGCUCCGAGAGUGAGGCUGAGAGCUCCGAGACAUCCCAGAGACUGCACCAGGGGGCACCGGAGAGACCUCACCAGGGAGGGGGCACAGGAGGAGACUGCUGCAUCACCUGAAGAGACCCUCAGACACAUCGGCCAGGCAGAGCACAAACAUGGAGGACAUUGUAAUAGCUGGAAUAGCGGGCAGGCUCCCAGAAUCAGACAAUCUGCAAGAAUUCUGGGAAAACCUUAUAGGAGGAGUGGACAUGGUAACAGAGGAUGACAGAAGGUGGAAACCGGGACUAUAUGGAUUACCAACCAGAAAUGGAAAACUCAAAGAAAUCAACAAAUUUGAUGCCUCCUUUUUCGGCGUCCACCCAAAACAAGCUCAUACCAUGGAUCCACAACUGCGCUUACUUUUGGAAGUUUCCUACGAAGCCAUAGUAGAUGGAGGUAUGAACCCAUCAGAUAUACGUGGCACAAAGACUGGCGUCUGGAUAGGCGUUAGUGGAUCAGAAGCAGGAGAGGCCUUUAGCCGAGAUCCAGAAGAGUUGCUUGGGUAUAGCAUGACUGGAUGCCAACGUGCUAUGUUUGCCAACCGUAUAUCGUACUUCUUUGAUUUUAAAGGGCCAAGUCUUUCUAUAGACACUGCUUGCUCAUCCAGCUUAUUGGCUUUAGAAAAUGCAUACAAGGCGAUCUACCAUGGGCAGUGCGAUGCUGCAAUUGUAGGUGGUGUCAAUUUGCUGCUUAAACCCAACACAUCAGUACAAUUUAUGAAGCUGGGCAUGCUGAGCCCAGAUGGAACAUGCAAGUCUUUUGAUGCCUCAGGGAAUGGAUAUUGUCGUUCAGAAGGUGCUUGUGCUGUCCUGGUCACUAAGAAGUCUCUGGCAAAACGAGUGUAUGCUACCAUUGUGAAUGCUGGAAGCAAUACAGACGGCUAUAAAGAACAAGGAGUGACCUUCCCAUCCGGUGAAGUGCAGCAGCAGUUGCUGAACACUUUGUACCAAGAGGCUGGAAUCCAGACCAGUGAGGUGGAAUAUGUGGAGGCCCAUGGUACAGGCACUAAGGUUGGAGAUCCCCAGGAAGUAAACGGGAUUGUGAGUGUUUUCUGCAGGUCAGAAAGAGAACCGUUGUUACUUGGCUCCACCAAGUCCAAUAUGGGCCAUCCAGAACCUGCCUCUGGUCUUGCUGCAUUAUGUAAGGUCGUUCUCUCUCUUGAGCAUGGUGUUUGGGCCCCAAAUCUCCAUUACAAGAAUCCAAACCAAGAUAUCCCUGCUUUGCAAGAUGGAAGAAUUCAAGUGGUGACUGAACCCAUUCCAGUAAAAGGUGGUAUUGUUGGCAUUAACUCUUUUGGAUUUGGUGGCUCCAAUGUUCACGUGAUCUUGAGACCAAACGAGAAGACAUUAUCCUCCAGUGAGGGAUCCCUUCCUCUUCCACGCCUGGUUCAGAUAUGCGGAAGGACACAGGAGGCUGUCGAGGCUCUGGUAGAGAAAAGUCAAAAACUUGCCAAAGACGGUAGUUUUGUGAACUUGCUAAAUGACAUCUCUGGAAUGGCCUCUUUAGCCAUGCCGUAUCGGGGAUACACACUUGUGGGAACAGAAAGUGAUGUAAAGGAGAUCCAGCAGACACAGGCAUCUGGCAGACCUCUGUGGUACAUUUGUUCAGGAAUGGGGACACAGUGGAAAGGAAUGGGUCACAGCCUCAUGAACUUGGAUAUAUUCCGUGAGUCCAUUUUACGAUCUGAUGAAGCACUGAAAGGAACCGGACUGAAAGUGUCAGAACUUCUGCUCCAUGCCGAUGACAGCACUUUCGAGGACACUGUUCAUGCAUUUGUUGGGCUGGCUGCAAUCCAGAUCGCUCAGAUUGACAUGCUGAAAGCAAUGAGACUGGAACCUGAUGGCAUUGUUGGACACUCAGUCGGAGAGUUAGCUUGUGGAUAUGCAGAUAAUUCGCUCAGCCACACAGAAGCCAUACUGGCUGCCUACUGGAGGGGACGGAGCAUCAAAGAGGCAAAACUCCCUCCAGGUGGAAUGGCUGCCGUAGGGCUGACUUGGGAGGAGUGUAAAAUUCAGUGUCCACAGGGAGUGGUGCCGGCUUGCCAUAACUCUGAGGACACAGUCACCAUAUCAGGCCCAAAGGAUUCUGUGCGAGACUUUGUUGCGAAACUCAAGAAAGACGGGGUGUUCGCCAAAGAAGUGCAAAGUGCAGGAGUGGCCUUUCACUCUUACUACAUGGCAGCUAUUGCUCCAUCCCUUCUCAGUGCCCUGAAGAAAGUCAUUACGGUUCCUAAGCGGCGUUCUCCUCGCUGGAUCAGCACAUCCAUUCCAGAGGCCCAAUGGCAAAGUGACCUUGCUCAGUUAUCAUCAGCAGAAUACCAUGUUAAUAAUCUAGUCAGUCCGGUCUUAUUCCAGGAAGGCUUGCAGAGCAUCCCAAAAAAUGCAGUGGUGGUGGAGAUCGCCCCUCAUGCCCUUCUUCAGGCCAUCUUGAGGAGAAGUUUGAAGCCGACCAACACAAUCCUUCCUCUUAUGAAAAAAGGACACAGUAACAAUCUGGAAUUUUUCCUCACAAACAUUGGAAAAGUCUAUUUGAAUGGAAUCAACGUUCAUAGCAAUAACAUCUACCCUCCUGUUGAGUAUCCCGUUCCCGCCGGAACACCCCUCAUCUCCCCUCUCAUUCAGUGGGAUCAUAGCCAGACAUGGGAUGUUCCCAAACCUGACGACUUCCCUGCUGGUUCAGGGGGGUCUACAUCAUCUACAGUCUAUAACAUAGAUAUGAACCCAGAUUCUCCAGAUAUUUUUAUGAACGGACAUUGCAUUGAUGGUCGUGUCCUAUAUCCAGCUACUGGCUAUUUAGUUUUGGCAUGGAGAACGUUAGCCAGAUCCGUGGGGGUAGUUAUGGAGCAGACACCUGUCCUAUUUGAAGAUAUUACAAUUCACAGAGCAACAAUUCUCCCCAAAACAGGGAUUGUCCAAUUGGAGGUCCGUCUGAUGCCGGCAUCAAAACGGUUCGAAAUCUCCGAAAACGGCAAUCUAACAGCUAGUGGGAAGAUUUCCAUCAUGGAAGAGAAUUAUUUAAGUGAUUUCCGGAAACAGCUGACAGACACCAUUAUCGAAAGCAGCGAGACGGAGGAUUUCUUGUUGUCAGACAAGGACGUGUACAAAGAGUUACGGCUGCGAGGAUAUGACUAUGGACCAACCUUCCAAGGAAUUAUUGAAUCCCAUAGCAAAGGUGAUAAGGGGAAGUUGCUGUGGAAUGAAAACUGGGUGACCUUCCUGGACACAAUGCUGCAGAUGAUGGUUUUAAGGAUAAAUGGUCGCAGCCUCCGCUUGCCCACGAGGAUCCAGUCGGUGUCCAUUGACCCCGCAACACAUGAGGAACGUGUAUGUGUGUUUUCAGAUGACAAAAAAGUAAUUCCUGUGUUGGUGAACAAAUUCCUAGAAAAAAUGACAUGUGGAGGGGUAGUGAUGAGUGGUCUCCAUGCCACCACUGCUCCACGGCGCCAACAGCAGCAAACUCCACCUACCCUGGAGAGUUUUCUAUAUACCCCUUACUUUGAAGAUGAUUGUCUACAAGGUGACAAUGACCUACAGUCUCUUCUAGAGCAAUGCACAGAUAAGAUCUGUGAACUAGAGUCAAAGGUGGUUCAGCACGGAUUACAACUCAACAUUCCUGGAAUCAAAACUACAGGAAGAUCUAAAAGAAAUAAAGGUUUAAGCACUCCCCCAGACCACGGUCUCCAUCAUGUCCUCACAGAGAUCUGCAACCUUGAGUUAAAUGGCAACCUGCACUCUGAACUGGAAGAAACUCUGACACAGAAGAACCAUCAGCUCCGAGAUGAUCCUCUUCUCAAUGGGCUGCUCACUUCACCUAAGCUGAAAACGUGCCUGGAUACAGUUCUGGAGAACAGUAAUCCCCAAAAAAUGAAGAUUAUUGAAGCCCUAACAGAACAUGGAAAUUUGUCUCCUUAUGUCCUGAGCAUGCUGAACACCCAACCAAUGCUACAGAUAGAUUACAUUGCCACUGACCGCACUCUGGAAACUCUCUCUACAAUGGAGGACAGUCUGAAAGAAGCUGGAGUUUCCAUAGAGCAAUGGGACCCAUAUACUGCUCCACCGAAUAAUGUAACUGGCGCUGAUCUAUUGGUGUGCAAUAGUUCUUCACAUCUCCUACAGGAUCCUAGUCAAGUUGUCCCCAAUAUGGCAGCAGCCGUGAAAGAUGGCGGAUUCCUUUUGCUUCAUACACUUCUAAAGGGAGAUAUUUUAGGAGAGACUAUUGCCUUUCUGAGGACUCAAAAUGUCCAGCAGAAAGACGGCCUCCUUUCCCAGACAGAAUGGGAGAAGUUGUUUGACAGUGCCGGUAUGAAUGUAGUUGCCAUGAAAAAAUCCUUCUACAACUCAGUCAUUUUCUUAUGUCGUCGACGUACCCCAGAGAAGAAACAUCUUCUCCUUCCAGUUGAAGACAUGGACUGUUCAUGGGUGGAAUCACUAAAGGAAGCUAUGGCAGAUUCAUCUAAUCACAGUCUCUGGCUAAGAGUCCUAAAUCAUCCAAAUUCUGGUGUUGUUGGAAUGGUAAACUGCCUGCGACAGGAACCAGGAGGGAACAAAAUUAGGUGCAUCUUUAACUCCGAUGUGAAUUCAUAUGAAGUCUCUGACAAAGAGACUCAGGAGCUGCAGAACAAGGAUCUGGUGAUGAAUGUCUACCAGGAUGGUCGGUGGGGAGCCUUCCGUCACAUACCCUUUCAGAGAGGACAAACUCAGGAUGAAACAGCCUACGCCUUUGUGAACGUGCUGACCAGAGGAGAUCUUUCUACCUUACGCUGGAUUGCAUCUCCUCUACGCAACUUCCACCCUACUAAUCCCAAUGUUAAACUAUGUAAAGUCUACUAUUCAUCACUCAAUUUCCGGGACAUCAUGUUGGCAACCGGGAAGUUGCCUCCCGAUGCCAUACCUGGAGACAUAGCACUGCAACAAUGCAUGCUGGGAAUGGAGUUCUCAGGACGCGACCCUGCAGGAAAAAGGGUCAUGGGACUUCUUCCAGCAAAAGGCCUCGCCACCGUUGUGGAUGCCGAUCAGCGCUUCUUAUGGAAUGUACCAGAAGACUGGUCUUUGGCUGAUGCUGCCUCAGUCCCUGUGGUCUACGCCACGGCGUACUAUGCUCUGAUAGUACGUGGACGCUUGAGGAAGGGUGAGAGUGUUCUAAUCCAUUCUGGAUCAGGUGGUGUUGGCCAAGCAGCUAUAGCCAUUUCUCUAAGCAUGGGUUGCCGCAUCUUCACAACAGUAGGAUCUUCAGAAAAGCAGCAAUACCUCCAGAGCAGAUUCCCACAGCUUGAUGACAGCUGUUUUGCCAAUUCCCGAAAUACAACUUUUGAACAACAUGUCCUUACUUUUACAGGAGGGAAAGGAGUGGACCUUAUCUUAAACUCAUUGGCAGAAGAAAAAUUGCAGGCUAGUCUCCGUUGUCUGGCCCGCCAUGGGCGCUUCUUGGAGAUUGGCAAAUAUGAUCUGUCGAACAACACGCCACUUGGAAUGGCUCUUUUCCUGAAGAAUGUGGCAUUCCAUGGAAUUCUGCUUGAUGCCCUUUUUGAAGAAGGAAACAAAGAAUGGGAAGAAGUGUCUGAUCUACUGAAGUCUGGAAUUAGAGCCGGAAUAGUGAAGCCACUAAAGUGCACCAUCUUCACUCGUGAUGAGGUGGAGCCCGCCUUCAGGUUCAUGGCUCAAGGAAAGCACAUCGGCAAAGUCCUUAUAAAGGUCCGUGAUGAGGAGUUGGAGUCUGAAGCUCUUAUUCCUGCUAUCCCUCGAACAUCUUUCCCGUCGACAAAGUCUUAUAUCGUUACGGGAGGACUCGGUGGCUUCGGCUUGGAGUUGGCUCAGUGGUUAAUUGAGAGAGGUGCCCGGAACCUCAUCUUAACCUCCCGGUCUGGCAUCAGGAAUGGUUAUCAAGCCAAACAAGUCCAGACGUGGAAGGAAGCAGGGAUUACUGUGAUUGUAUCCACCAAAGAUGUCGCCUCUAUAGGAGGAGCCCGUCAGCUAAUAGAUGCUGCAUCACAGCUAGGACCAGUGGGUGGGAUCUUUAACCUAGCCAUGGUUCUAAAAGAUGCCAUGAUUGAAAAUCUAUCCACAAAACUGUUUCAAGAUGUGAACAAACCAAAGUAUGAUGGUACUCUUAAUCUGGACAGGGUCAGCAGAGAGAAGUGUCCCGAGUUGGAUCAUUUUGUGGUAUUUUCCUCAGUGAGUUGCGGGAGAGGAAAUGCCGGCCAAAGUAACUAUGGAUUUGCAAACUCAACAAUGGAGCGCAUUUGUGAAAAGCGACGUCGGGACCAUCUGCCAGGCUUGGCUGUCCAGUGGGGAGCUAUUGGCGAUGUGGGUGUCGUGCUGGAGACUAUGGGGAGCAAUGACACCGUAAUAGGGGGCACAUUACCUCAGAGGAUCAGUUCAUGUCUGGAGGUCCUCGAUCAAUUCCUGAACCAGCCUCAUCCUGUUAUGUCCAGUUUUGUCUUGGCCGAGAAGACAAUCUCUGUGAAAACCAAAGGAGCUGGACAACAAGAUUUAGUGGCAGCUGUAGCUCAUAUUUUAGGUGUCCGAGAUGUGACCAGUUUAAAUCCAGACACCACAUUGGCUGACUUAGGGUUGGACUCUCUAAUGGGUGUAGAGGUUCGGCAGACGCUGGAACGGGACUAUGAUAUAGUCAUGGCCAUGAGGGAAGUCAGACAACUAACAAUUAACAAAUUGCGGGAGCUCUCUUCCAAGCCUGGACAUAAUGAAGAGUCCAAACCCUCUCAGAAAACCUCUGUGCAACCAGAUCUUAGUUUUCUGGAUCUUAAUAAUCUCCUGGUAAAUCCUGACGCUUCCACUAUUACUAAGCUGAAUGAUGUCCAAAGCAAUGAGCGCCAUCUCUUCCUGGUCCACCCCAUUGAAGGAUCCAUCGCAGCAUUCCAAAACCUGGCCUCAAAACUUAACAUUUCCUGCUAUGGACUUCAGUGUACAAAAGCCGCUCCCCUGGACAGCAUUGAGAACCUUGCAGCCUACUACAUACAGUGUAUAAAGCAAGUGCAGCCAGAGGGGCCCUACUGGAUAGCUGGUUACUCCUUCGGAGCCUGUGUGGCCUUUGAGAUAUGCUCCCAGCUGCAGGCUCGGCGGGACGGCACAUAUUCCCCCGACAGCUUGUUCCUCUUUGAUGGGUCACAUUCAUAUGUUGCUGCAUAUACACAGAGCUACCGUGCCAAACUGACUCCAGGCAGUGACGCUGAGGCUGAAACCGAGGCCCUGUGUGCGUUCAUCCAGCAGUUCACCGGUUCUGAAUAUAAUAAGCUGCUGGAAAUUCUCCUCCCCCAGAAGGACUUGGAGGGCAGAGUCAAUGCCGCAGUGGACCUGAUAACACAGACUCACAAGUCCAUCAACCAUGACACCCUCCACUUCGCAGCUUCCUCCUUCUACUACAAGCUCAAGGCUGCGGACCAGUAUGUCCCCGUCACUAAGUAUCAUGGAAACAUCACCCUGCUGAUGGCAAAGACAAAAAAUGAAUAUGGAGAAGGCCUGGGAGCGGACUACAAAUUGUCUGAGGUGUGUGAUGGGAAGGUGUCCAUUCACGUCAUAGAAGGAGACCACCGCACGUUUCUGGAAGGAACCGGUGUCGACUCUAUCAUCAGCAUCAUCCACAGUUCCCUAGCUGAGCCUCGCGCGAGUGUCCGCGAGGGUUAAACGAAAGCGCUAGUGUGUCAUCUCCUUGCAAGGCUCCUGUAGGUUCUGCUAACAUAACGGAGAAAAUGGCUUCAUCUAACACGCUGGACUGGCAUCUGGUCAUCCGCAGAGCCCUUAUGAGCCAUUACUUCACCCGCAUUUCCCAGUGCCAUAAUGGUAACUCCAGUGGCCAAUCACCCUGGAAGACUCAUCUUUCAUGUCCAUCACUACUUUCCCUGCUCUAUGUGUAGCAAACACAACGAAAGCUCCCCAUGCCUCUACAUAGAGUAGCGUUCAUUUUGUAGCAUGUUGUUCUUAUCAGUAUUCCAAAGGUAAAACGUUAGCACUUAGAAACCCUGCGCACCACUUGGAAUGACUGCUCCUCGUCCUCUGAGGCUUCUCCGUGCCUGUGAAGAGGCUGACGGCUCUUUGAAUGACAUCGGUCUUCGUUCCGUGGAGUCCCUGUCAAUCUCGACGUCUUGAUCGCUGUUGUAUUUUUGUAAUUUUUUUUCUUUUUUUAUUUCAACGUUCCGUAAUUUAUUGUAUCUCUUAUUGUUCUUUGGAUCACUCACUCAUCGGAGAUGCGUUCAACUCCAUCUGGACAUGAUACGUGGAGUCAAAACCGUCAUGUCUGCUUCUUGAUCUGCACUUGUACAAUUAUUCCCCCUCCCCAAAAAAAAAUUAAAAAAAAAUCAUAGGCCGGCAUUUAUCAUUGUAGGUGUAAGUGACAUCUUUUUUUUGUGUGCUGGUAAUAUGUAGGAGCGCCAAAUGUAUUAAAUGGUCGCAGAGCGUAAUUUUGCGCAGGUACACAUUAGCCCUGAUUUACUAACAUGAUCCCGACUCUUUUUAUCGGGUUAUGCGACACAAUUUGUGUUGCACGUCCUCUGCGACACUUUACUAGUAAAAACCCGAUUACUCAGAGUAUUUUUUUUUUUUAAAGGGGUACUCCGGUGGAAAACUUUUUUUUUUUUAAUCAACUGGUGGCAGAAAGUUAAACAGAUUUUUAAAUUACUUCUAUUA